AACAUGGCGUAAGUUAACUGUCUCAAUACAGGGCCAGAAACACAACAUCUUACACUAAUGUUUUGUUUUAAAAGAUCAUUUAAACUUUAUACAACUUACACUAAAAUUAAAAUGUUCUCUGUUAAUAAGUCGCAGGAUAUUUAAAGCAGAACAGUGAAUCUGUGUCAGUGUUUCAGCUAAAUAACGCAAGUGUAAUGGUCCAUAUUUUCCACCUCAAUAACUUCCAGUCUCGUAUGUUUGCAACCUUCUGUUGUCCAAAAAAAAAAAACACUUUGUUGUCGUUUCUUCACGGAUGUUAAAUCGAAAUUAUAAAUGUUAUUAUUUUUCAUUUAUCGUCAUUGGAAGCGUAAGAUGUACUAUUUAAUAUUAACGAAAACAUUUUCUAGUUCAAGCUUUUCAGAAAUUAUCAGUACAAAGAGCGUAGGUUAAUUACUUAAAAUUUAAUUGUUUAUAAUGGAUUUGAAAAAAUUGUUUGAGAAAUAUGCAUCUUCACCGCCUAAAGUGGAUCCUGCAGAAAAUAGGAAAGUCGAAAGCGAACUUUUUACAAAAUACUAUACCGAGUGGAAAGGUAGUCGGAAUGAACCAACUGGAGAGGCUUAUAAAAUUAUACCGAAAUUUUACCACAAGCUGCCCAAAGAAAGUGAAGUGCUGUCGCUGAAACUGCGGGAAGAAGCUCGUGCCAUAUUUCUGCAGCGCAGGGGCAAGGAGUUGCUGAGUAAUGACGAACUGAAGGCACUGUGGACCUUGCUGGAGAAGCAUAACAGCCCGCCGCACUCGGACGACGACAAGCUGAUAGACUACGAUGACUUCCUGCGGGUCGCCAGCCUGGGAGGGCCCAAGUACAAGCCCUACUUCACCCCCGUGGUGUUCGCGAACCUCCAGCACGGCGACCCUUACGGCAGGAUCAGCAUCAUGACGCUCUUCAGCUACGUCAUGAAGAAGGUGUGGUACCACCAGACGCGCAUCGGCCUGUCGCUGUACGACGUGGUGGGGCAGGGCUACGUCCGCGAGAGCGACCUGGAGAGCUACAUCUUGGAACUGAUCCCCACGCUGCCGCAGCUGGACGGUCUGGAGAAGUCCUUCCACAGCUUCUACGUGUGCACGGCGGUGCGCAAGUUCUUCUUCUUCCUGGACCCGCUGCGCACGGGCAGGGUUCGCAUCCAGGACAUACUGGCCUGCAGCUUCCUGGACGAGCUGCUGGAGCUGCGCGACCUGGACUCCCAGAAGGACCUGCGGGACUCGAACUGGUUCUCCGCGCCGUCGGCGCUGCGGGUGUACGGGCAGUACCUGAACCUCGACAAGGACCACAACGGCAUGCUGAACAAGGAGGAGCUGGCGGGCUACGGCACGGGGACUCUCACCCGGAUCUUCAUGGACCGCGUGUUUCAGGAGUGCCUCACCUACGACGGGGAGAUGGACUACAAGACGUACCUGGACUUUGUGCUGGCCAUGGAGAACAGGCAUGAGCCGCAGUCCUUGCAUUACUUGUUCAGGAUAUUGGACAUUGACGGCAAGGGUUACCUGGACACCUUCUGCCUUAAUUACUUUUUCAGGGCGAUUCAGGAGCUGAUGGUCCGGCACCAGCAGGAGCCGGUGUCCUUUGAGGACGUCAAGGACGAGAUAUUCGACAUGGUAAAGCCACGGGACCCGUGCCGCAUCACCCUGAAGGAGCUGAUCGCCUGCGGCCAGGGCGGCACCAUCGUCAGCAUCCUGGUCGACCUCAACGGCUUCUGGACGUACGAAAACCGCGAGGCCAUGGUCGCAGAGUCCUCGGGAGACGCGGCGGUGUGACUGUCCAUCAUCCACUGCAAUGCAGAGGCGUUGUGGACGGAAUGUCUGACAGUUUGUAUGCCUGCCUGCCCACGGUACUGUGGUAUUUGAAAAUGGCGUGUGCUUGCACGACAGCGCACCACCAGGAGUGCAGUAAGACUUGUUUUAGAUAACGGCUGCGCGUCAACAAACAGUUGUGGGUCGUGAGACAUCGUGUGAUUGGGGUAGAGCACUUACUAUGAGGCAGUCCAGGACAGUGGAAGCCAACAGAACAUUUCUUAUGUGGUGUCUUGACUGAAUGACUUUAGAUUCAUUUAUUUUGUAGUAACGUUCUCAACAUUCUCAAUAGAGCUUUUUGUAUAGGCCAGCCUACACCAUCCAGUGCCAUAAGCUCAAUACUAUCUUGGUUUAGAUUGUUUACAAAGUGGUCAAAUGUUCUGAAUUGAGUGAUCCAUUAACAUUAGUGGUGAUGUUUUGUGGAAUGAUUUUUUUUUGUCCUUGGAACAUUUUUUUGUAUGUGCGAAUAAAAGUAAACAAAUCUAUUGAAGAUAGCAUGAAUCUGAACUAGUGUUUUUUUUGUAUAUGUUUUAUUUUUUUAACAGCAUGGGUUCGUGCACCUUGAUAUUUUUUUAACAAAACCAAGAAUUAAAAAUGUUUUACUUUCUCAUUUUCUUAAAAAAGGAAUUAAGCAUAUUGUUGUUAUCUUGUGCCUUGGGUGUAUCUGAGGGGGGGGGGGGACAAGGGGUAUAUCUGCCCUCCCCCCCCCCCACACACACACACACACACACACACUUUUCCAAGGUGGCAAGGCUGUUUAGUUAUAGCAAAUUUGUAACUAAUCCUCACAAACUGUUGUUCAAAAAAGUUUUCUAAUAAAUUAAGUUCUUCCUUUU